AUGAUGAGCCCCAAGAAGCUACUCAAGGUGGCAAGGAAGUGGGAAAUACCAGCCGCUUCAGGGAGAAAAAGAAUUGCCCUUGCUGGAGCUAGAGUGGAGUCGAAUUCUACCUCAUCAGUGACAGAAAAGGGUCACUUCGUGAUCUAUACGGCUGAUGGAAGCCGUUUCAUGGUUCCUUUGCAUUGUCUCAGCAGCAACAUCUUUCUAGAGCUCUUCAAAAUGUCCGAAGAAGAGUUUGGUUUGUCCAGUGAUGGCCCUAUAACCAUGCCCGGUGAUGCAGCUACUAUGGAGUACAUAGUAUCACUUGUCCAAAGAGGCAUCGCCAAAGAUAUAGAAAAAGCUUUGCUCAACUCUAUUGCAUUCUUUCGAUGCUCAGCUGCCUCUUUGCAGGACGAAUGUGUGGAAGGAGUUCUAGUUUGUGGUCAGUAA